ACACACACAAAACCUCUGCGCAUGCUUCUUUCUCAGCUACACAGCCGACAACAUGGCGCCUUCCAAGAAGCACAACGUGAAGAAGAGCGCCUCAGAAAACAGCCAGACUUCAUAUAAACAAACCAUAAACACCAAAACAGAGCUCGUAUUACAAAGCAGAAAACAUGCUAACAAUAUAUUCGACCUGCUGGAGUACCUACAGUCUGAAGACGAGAAAGAAGUCGUUUUUGCGAUCAACGCCUGUCAGAAGUUAUUCUGCGAGUUAUUGGAGAGAGGAGAGCUGUAUGUUGGUCAGCUGCCAAAAGAAGAAGAGAUUCUCCAAGGUGACCGGGAUGCAGAUGAAAAGUACCACAUAUUUAUAAGACACCGUUAUAACAGCUGUGUGGAGUUGCUGCUGGAGAACAUCGGCCAUGAAUCUUACCAAGUAAAGGAGAGCGCGCUCUGUGCCGUUAUGAAGUUCGCAGCGGCCGAGGGGAAGCGUCCUCUGCAGAAACAGGACUGGAGUCAGCAUUACAGUUUUCCCAAAGAGCUUACAUCAGGAGUGGUGUGGGGUCUGCUCUCGGAGAAAGAGGACAUGGCUCUGCUUAUCUCCAGGUUUCAGGAGUACCUAGAAAUGGAUGAUGUGCGCUACUAUGUCAUGAAUGCGACACGAGACAACAUACACAGAGUGAUGGACAGAAACAAACGGGCCGAGAUGCGCGUGUACCAAAACAACGUCUUCACAUUGCUCACGAACAUCGCUGUGCCGAGCCAGGGUUCAGAAAUCACCAACUUCCUGGUCAAGCAGGAGGGCAAAUAUGAGGACUGGAAGGUGGCCAAAUUAAAAGAGCAAAAGCGAGCGUUUGAGCUGAUGUGGCUGACCUUCCUGAAGUACAAGUUACCCAUGAGCAUGUAUAAAAAGGUGCUGGUCAUCCUGCAUGACUCUGUUCUGCCCCACAUGAGUGACCCCACGCUGAUGAUCGACUUCCUGACUGCGGCGUAUAACGUCGGCGGCGCCAUCAGUUUACUGGCUCUGAAUGGCCUUUUCGUUCUCAUCCACGAGCACAAUCUAGAUUAUCCUGAGUUUUAUAAGAAGCUGUACAACCUGCUGGACCCAUCUGUAUUCCAUGUGAAGUACAGAGCACGAUUCUUCCACCUGGCCAACAUCUUCCUGUCCUCCAGCCAUCUACCAGUUUACCUCGUAGCGGCGUUUAUCAAGCGGCUGUCUCGGCUCGCCCUGACCGCUCCCCCGACUGGCUUGCUCAUAGUACUGCCCUUUAUUUGUAACCUGAUCCGCAGACACCCGUCAUGCAGAGUCCUCAUCCACAGACCCAGUGCUGCUGAUGAGACAUGUACUGAUCCGUAUGUGAUGGAGGAGGAGGACCCGGCCCUGUGCCAUGCCCUAGAGAGCAGUCUGUGGGAAAUUAAGACACUGCAGAAUCAUUACCAUCCAGAUGUUUCGAAAGCAGCCAAAUCAAUAAACCAAGCUCUACCCGAGCCCGAGGAUGAUAUCGGCAAGCUUCUCGAACUUUCCACUUUUGAGCUGAUGGAGCGAGACCUGAAGAGCCAAAGCCAGUCAGUACCACUCGAGUUUGAUUCAGCUGUCGGUCUGCUUCAGAGUCCCAGAGAAGUGCUGGGCCUCCACUUCUCUCUGGAGUAGUCACGAUACUGUACAAGGAUCUAAUACCUCUCUCUCUCUCUCUCUCUCUCUCUCUCUCUCUCUCGUUAUUUUAAUGUUCCAUUUUUAUUUGCUAACUUUUCAACAUUUGAGAAAAAUAAAUACAAUAAUUAAAAAGGAAAAAAAAAUCCUAAUUUGUGAAAGUGUGACUGAAUCUCAAAUAAAGUGGUGAUCUGUAAUCCUCAUAAGAAUCUCAGGGAAGUUUAAACUGUUGUAAUUGCAAUCUUUUUCAAUAAAAAGUUAAAUGCCCAAUCU